AUGGCCAGGCCAGAUGAAGUGUUCCGUAUCUGGCAGUUGAACUGCAGCUGUUUCACUGCGCUGAAAGCUUCCCUGCAGCACUACCUCCGCAGCCAGGAUGCCAAGCUCCACGGUACCACGCUGUGGCAGCAUGCUAACGACCUGGAUCUCACCCUAUUGACGGACGAGGCGUUCCCCAUCCGCAUCGGCUCGUACACGCACGGAGACACUAUCCCGGAUCUCUGCUUCGUGAAGAACACAGCCUAUGUCCGCUGGUCCAAUUUCGCGGAGGAUCUUGGCAGCGACGACCUUAUACUAGCCGCGUACUUACCCAUCGUCAUCAGGAAACCCAAGUCGUACACCCCACAAGAUCCCGAGCCUCUGUUUCUCACUCCAUACAUUGAGAACUGUUCUUACUACGAAGCAAGAGAAAAGAGCAAAAUACCGUUUGCUCAGAGCUUCGGAGUUGCUGCUUACUCUGGUUACAUCACUGUGAACAAAACUGCUCGAAGCAAUCUCUUCUUUCUCCUGACUGAAGUACAGGGCAACUCAUCUGAUGCACCCCUCUUACUAUGGACUCAAGGUGGCCCGGGUUUAUCUGCACUGUUUGGCCUGUUUCUCGAGAACGGUCCCGUGGAUUUUAUUGGUUUCGGCUCAAACUACACUCCAAUAUUACAAAACAGAACUAAUACCUUACAAAAGAACAUGAGCGUCCUCUACCUGGAUCUUCCGGUGGGGGCUGGCUUCAGCUUCACAGGAGACGAACAAAACGGUUACCCAACAAGCCUCGAGGAAAUAGUAUUGCACGUGAAGGAAUUUUUGGACCAAUUCGUAAAAGUCUUCUCUGAAUAUGAAGGUCGGGACUUCUAUCUCGCUGGAGAAUCAUACGGAGCAAGGUAUUCCGUCGCUGUCGCCCACUAUUGGAAUAUUAUGAACUUGAGCGACUCAAAACUAAACCUCAAGGGGGUGAUUGGAGGCAAUGGAUUCCUCGGCCCUAUAUUUGAUUUAGCCGACUCCAGCGACUUCCUCUACCAGAUGUCGAUGGUCGACUCGAAAGGACGGACGGAAUUUAAAGAACGGUUUCAGCUCAUGAAAAGGCUGGCAGCGUCUGAAAAUGUUACCCAUAAAAUGUACGCACUGAUGCUGCUCACCAGCACUUUAUUUAUAAACGAUACGUCGCCUACGCUGUUUCAGAAUCUCACCUUAUACCAUGACCACGCAAGCCCCAUGUACACCCACAGACCAGUUCGAAUGCUAUACUGUGCUGGAUUUUUAAAUGACAGUGUAACCAAAGUAUUGCUGCAUGCUGGGGCGAACAACACUUUUCAAAUCAUCAAUGAAGUUAUGCUACAGACCUUUGCUAUCGACAGCUUGAGAGAUAUUAGCACCUUCAAUGAACAUGUACUAAACGAAUCUAGAGUGCUGUUAUACAACGGACAAAUGGACGCACUUUUUCCGUCGGUAAACCAACGGGAUUAUUAUCGAAGGUUGAACUGGACGUACGCAGAUGACUACAGAAAUGCUACUCGCUAUCCUUGGCAGCCGCAUCCCGGGUACUACGGCUUUGCUGGCUAUAUGAAGACAGUGCAUAAUUUCACAGAAGCUGUCAUAUUAGGCAUGAGUCACUAUGGUGCCGCAGAGAAACCUGAUGAACCAUACUUCCUGAUAACUCAAUUUAUUGCUAACUCAUCGAAAGGUGGAAGUGUUUAACCAACAUCUUGAAAGAGUGUAACACAGGAUACAUCUCAACAGUGAAAGAGGAACGAGCUCCACCUGUUACCCAGCAUCACACGGAAGUAUAUUGGUUGAAUAAAAUCUUGUUGCAGUAUUUUCUGA